GUUCAAGUGAACUGCUGAAAUGUCAUUACUAUGGCCAGUCAGAAUACUUCUUAUGAGGACAAUCAAUGCCGAUCGUUUUAAAAUCAACUCGUUAGAAUACAUGAUCCAAUGUGUGAUACUUUGAACUCUCGGCACCCUGACAAAUCCAGGAUGGGUGGUGAUUACACCGAAAACGUAUGAAAUCAUCACCGGCAGUCAUUGACAGUCAGCUAGCCCCUGGACCUCCUUCAUUGUCAUUGUAGAAAAUGGGGAAAAACUCACCAACCACUCGAGAUGAGUGCACCGAGUACGUCUUCCACAACACCAACGAACACAUGGCAACGAAGCCUCGGGGGAUCUCAGUCCACGAAGGAAGGGAAGGGUGGACUGAGAUUCCUCGAAUCUGGGCGGGCACAGAUAUCGAGAAUCAGAGAUGCGGGAAGAGUGAUUGACUGACAGUGACAACGAGCCACAAGAGGCGUGUGGCACAAGGACGCGAAGCCGGUAAGCCACAGCAGCCGUGUCGAGUUCUGAAUGGCUGACAACGCGGUACGCAGGUCGAGGCCGACUCCGUUGGCUGGCAACUAUGUAAGAUGUGGGGCGACCACAGUGGCCGUGGGGUCUCGAUGGCGCCUUGUCCGUGAGCAUGGAGGGUCAUAAGCAGCGCUAGGGGAGGCAGUCGAGGAGGCGGUGUCAGCUUCAGUUUCUGUGCUUCUCCAGCAAAUCUCUCUUCCCCUUCCCUUCCCUUAUUCGGGCACGAAUCAGAACUCGCCGGGCUCUGAUCGCUCGCAGUGGCAGAGGCGUGUUUGGCGCUUCCGGAAUCGAUGCAAGCUGCUGCCACGGCUGGAAGAAUUGAAUCAUCGAGAGGCAAUCGGAGCGAUUUGAGGAAUUGUUACCGUGGGCCGACAUUUGAGAAGCAGGCGAGGAUUUGAGGAUUUGAGGAUUUGAGGAUUUGAGGAGGACGAGGAUUUGAAGAGGAGGACGAGAUGGGUCGGAAGAAGGAUGAAGCGGCAGGCGGAGGUGCCACGGCGGGUGCAGGGAAGAGUAGCAAAUCGAGCAAGGAUGCUGCUCCCAAGAAGGAGAGGUUGAGUGUGUCUGCGUUUUUGUCGAACAUUGAUAAGCCCAAGUCUGAGAAGCCCGCUCCUGGAUCGAAAGCGAAACCUAAAACUGCUCCGAAGGCGACGAGUGCGUACACGGAUGUGGAUUUGCCUCCUUCCGAUGAGGAGGAAGAGGAGGUAGAGGGAGCAGGAACCGAGGAAGAGCAGAUUGCCAAAGUGGGCAGACGACAUGCGAAAACUGCCCAACCAUCGGCGCUGGAUGUGUCUGUGUCCGAGCGCGAGGCCAAGAAGAAAGAAAAGAAGGAGCAGAUGAUGGCUGUCGCGCAGGAGGCUGCCCGACAGGAAGCUCUGAAGGAUGACGGGAAUGCGUUUUCGGUCGUCAUCGGAGCCAGAACUGCCGCCAUGGACGGAGAGGACGGGCACGACGCGAACAUGAAGGAUAUCAAAAUUGAUAGCUUCUCUGUCUCUGCUCGUGGUAAGGAGCUUCUGAAGAACACUGCCCUUACCAUCGUGCAUGGUCGAAGGUACGGUCUAGUCGGUCCGAAUGGUAAGGGAAAGUCGACUCUGCUGAAAUUGCUAGCGUGGAGGCAGAUCCCUGUCCCGAAGAACAUCGAUGUGCUACUUGUGGAGCAGGAAGUCGUGGGGGACGACAGAACUGCUCUUAUGGCUGUUGUCUCUGCCAAUGAGGAGCUCAUGAAGCUCAGAGAGCAAGCCGCGAAGCUGCAGGAGCUUUCUUUGACGGAGGACAAGGAGGACGAUGCAGAGGGGGAAGAUGCGUCUGAAAAGCUCACCGAAAUUUACGAGAGCUUGCAGGCUAUGGAUUCCGAUGCGGCGGAAGCUCGAGCAUCCAAGAUUUUGGCGGGUCUAGGGUUUACUACCGCCAUGCAGGGCAGGUCCACAAAAUCAUUCAGUGGAGGUUGGAGAAUGCGAAUUUCUCUUGCUCGGGCCCUUUUCGUUCAGCCCACACUUCUUCUCCUGGACGAGCCUACGAAUCAUCUGGAUUUGAGGGCCGUGAUCUGGCUGGAAGAGUACCUUAUGCGCUGGAAGAAGACAUUGAUUGUGGUUUCUCACGAUCGUGACUUUCUCAACUCAGUUUCAACAGAUAUCAUUCACUUGCAUGAUGAGAAGCUGCAUUUUUACAAGGGAAAUUUCGGUGCAUUUGAAGAGAUGUAUGAGCAAAAGCGACGCGAGAACAACAAAAAGUUUGAAAUUUAUGAAAAGCAGUUGAAGGCAGCUAAACGAAGUGGCAGCAAAGCUCAGCAAGACAAGGUGAAAGAUCGAGCGAAAAUGGCUGCAGGAAAGGAAGCUAAGUCCAAGGGUAAAUCGAAAGCAGCUGCCGACAGUGAUGAAGUUGCUGUGGAUGCCCCUCACAGGUGGUCUGAUUACGAAGUCAAGUUCCACUUUCCGGAACCUACAGAACUUACGCCUCCAUUGCUCCAACUCAUGGACGUGGGAUUCAGUUAUCCUGGCAGAGACGACUUUAGCCUCCAGAAUAUUGAUGUGGGUGUUGAUAUGGGUACCAGAGUGGCAAUUGUGGGACCAAAUGGUGCCGGUAAGUCGACCCUCUUGAAUCUGUUGGCAGGAGAUCUGCAGCCUUCUGAAGGUCAAUCCAGACAAAGUCAAAAGCUCAGAGUUGGCAGGUAUUCUCAACAUUUUGUGGAUUUAUUGCAAAUGGAUGAAACACCUGUGCAAUAUCUCUUGAGGCUCUAUCCUGAGCAGGAGGGUCCUAGCAAACAAGAAGCCGUUCGGGCCAAGCUGGGGAAGUUUGGUUUACCCAGCCACAAUCACCUUACUCCAAUCGUGAAGCUGUCCGGAGGGCAGAAGUCGAGAGUUGUCUUCACAUCUAUCAGCAUGGCCCGGCCACACAUUUUGCUUCUGGAUGAGCCUACGAACCAUCUAGAUAUGCAGAGUAUUGAUGCUUUGGCGGACGCCUUGGAUGAGUUCACAGGUGGAGUUGUUCUGGUCAGUCACGAUUCUCGUUUGAUCUCAAGAGUGUGUGAAGAUGAAGAACGAAGUGAGAUUUGGGUCGUUGAGGACGGAACUGUAAGUAAAUUCCCAGGAAGUUUUGAGGAAUACAAGUUGGACCUCAUCAAGGAAAUUGUUGCUGAGGUCGAGGAGUAGCCUGUGCCUCACCACUGGUGAAGUCACUUGUAACCUUAGUCCUUCUUUUCUUUUCAUCUCCCCUUCCUUACUGAUGUCCAAUUGAGGAUCAAAAGAUAUAUCCCUUCGAAGUUGUCAAGUGAGGUGUAUUUUAGAAUGCCGGUACGACAUGUAGCUUAAUGUGGACCUUCAUUUACUUUGCCCAUGCCAGUGAGCAGCUCUUUGCGCUCCUGACCUUGAGGUUCUGCAUACCACAUCCCAACGGCUCCAUGUCUUGAGCCGGUGCUUGGGAUGUUGACCGUCUUAGUCGAACGCGGAGGAAAUUUAGGAAGAUGUGUUUCUUGGGAGUUGCUUCUAGUUCUGGAGGAGCAGAGGCUGAAGUGUUCGGCUGUUGUCUUUUCUUCUGGAGAUGGUCAACAGAAACUGGGUUACUGAUUUUUGAAGUUUAAUACUGAUCAAGUCUGCACGAAGAGAUCAUAUCUGCCUAACAUGUGCCUGUAUUGGUGAAGGGACACAGAGAUGAAAAUUUGAGUCUUGCCGAAGUAUAGCUUCUCGGGAAGUUUUUCUUAGUAUUUGAGAUAAAGGUCAAGUAGGCUGACUGACGAGAAUAGGAGACAUGACAUCAAAGGGUGAGCCCAAAUGUUGAUAGGAACUUUUUCUCCUAUUUCAAUGGAUGAAGUCGAGCUGCUCUCAUUUAUUGUCUUCGAUUAUUGAAACCCUUCGUCUUAUUUUU